GGAUCGCCUCCAGUGCACGCCAUCUUGUGUGGGACAAACUCAGCAGGCAGACCACAUUGCUUCAUGUAUGCAUGCGGUCAAAGUAGGUUAUGGCGGUGCCCGUCGACAUCGUCGCAGCCGCACAAAAAAUGGCAUGCAGGGCCGCCAUCGUGGACAUCUCGGCCGCGAAUUUCAGCAGUGCAUGGACCUCGCAGGACUUCGAUGCACUGUACGCAAUGAUGGCGAAGUGUUGUGGUYCAAAUUGGGUCCUCUUCUUCUUUGCACCGCAGAAUGUGCAAAGCGAUGUCUUGCGUCAAUUGUACCGUUGGGAGGACAUCGAGCUCAUCCCCGGGUCAUGGAAACGCGUAGACAGGCCGCCGAGCGACGUCACAAGGUACGGCAACAUCGCUACGAGCAGUCGGGACCUGAUGGCGAUCGUGUUGCACGCUGAAGGAGGGGAUCUGACAAAAGUAAUUGUCGCACCCCGACUUCACAACGAUCUCACCGAAGUGCAUGUUGUGGAGGAAAAGUUCGGGAAGUGUCUCGGAAAACACGGUGGCGUCAAGGGCGACGAAAGUGCCGCAUAUUCAAUUUGGGAGCGAGAACCUGGCAAGUUGCGGAAGUUGUGUGGUUCAUUCGUAGGAGAGGCGAAAGGUGUGUUUUUGCUGGGUAGGGCACACGCGGGUCUUGUAUGGAAGUUAUUGCUUGCAGGUAAUAAUAUCAUUGCCUGUGACGAGUCGGCCAAGGACAUUGCAUACUUGACAAAGUUCGUCGACAUACUUGUUAAGGAUGAGAGAUUUGAGUGUCGCCUCGAGAAGCCGCGUGCCACACAUCGCACGAACAGGGAUAUGUACCACAAGUUGGGACCGAAACGACUGAAGGUGUGGGAAUACCUGUUCCGCGAUGCGCCGGAUGGACGCCUUGAUGGGGGAUACAUAUAUAGGAAAGCCAAGGUGACCGAGGCCCUCAAACAUUAUCACGGUGCUUUAACUGGCGCCUUCGAGACAUUCGUUGCUCGAUGCGAGAUCUUGAGGUUUGAUCUUCACAAAGAUAAACUGACGUUUAAGGACUAUGUAGACCUCGCUAAAUCGGGUGAAGGUUUUAACCCCGUUGACAGCGACGAAGACUCGUCGGACUCCGACCUCGAUAUCGAAAAGGACACCCAUGCACCUGGGUGGUGUGGGAAGUCUGCUGCCAUGGAGCACAACGUCAAGGGAUAUGGACCGGGUCAAUCAGAGGGAUGCUCGAACCUGCCACCCACGAACAGUGUGGCCUCGGGUGUGGACCGGGUCGUAUGUACGCCUGYGGAAGACRACGAAGACGAUGAYCUUGAUAUUCCUGCUCAGYYARCGAAGCUGGCGCCAGGCGAUCCGAUUCCUCCCAGAUUUUGUGCGGAUCCAAACAAUGUGUAUUUCUUGGAUGACAAAUACGCCUGCACUAGUGAGGACAAGUGGGGCCAUGAUGUCAUUUGGCAUGAGAGCAUUUUCGAGCCAUGUAUCCAAGGCGGGGAGUGGAAAAUGGCGGUGAAGUAUUUAGAGUACUCACACAAGUUUUACGAGCUGCAAUCGAGCCCCUCGUACGGCAAGAUUGACUGGAAGGUUGAGCGUGCCGCCGCGCUCAAGAGCAUGGACGUGGACUCCCGAGAAGAUGCCGCCCCUGUGCCCGAGGCGGCAACAGGGAACACGAUGGGUGAACAAAGGGAAGAUGGCGGGACGACGUUGGGCGUGAAGCCUCCGUUGCCAGAGGCGGGGAACACGCCCGCAGGCAAAAACACCAUCGGAGCCAUCUCUGUCGCAACGGGGGAUACAUCACAAGGUGAAAAAGUGUCACUCGACAAGCCGGCGGAUGCGGGCGCCACAUACGGGAGUCUCCUCGCGACAGGUGCGGCGCUGGCAGGCACAUCGUAGAUGGUGUCAGAGUCCACUGCUGGGAUGGGCGUCACGGGGAUGUCGUUGCAUCCGCCCACAUG